AUGUACUUCUCCCCCGUGCUUCUCGCGCCGCUCUACUGCCUCCUCACCACUGCCCACCACCCGCCGACCCGAGCGCCGCGUGCCGGGGUCACCUUCGCUGCUGCUGGUCCUGAGGCCUCCAAGCCGCUGCUGGUCUGCACGACAGCUCCCUCACUGGAGGGCGUCGCGUUCUGCAAGCACGCGCUACAGAGCGGCGAUUGGCGUGUGCGUGCGCUUGUUCGCAACCUCGACUCUCCGCGAGCCGCCACGCUCGCACAGCUGGGCGCGGAGCUCGUGCAGGCGGACAACCUCGACGAGGCGAGCCUGCGCCGCGGCUUUGCGGGUGCCCACGGCAUCUACGGCAUCACAACCUGGAGCGGGGCCAGUCGCGCCUCGGACGGGAGCAUCGUGCGGCCGACGAGUGCCGACGCGGCCGUGCUGGAGGAGAGCGAGGUGGAGCAGGGACGCAACAUCCUCCGGGCCGCGAGGGCGACAGACGGGCUUCAGCACUUUGUGUGGCAGAGCAUGCACCGCGGCGGCCGCGAGCCCGUCGACCCGGCGGUGGCGGCGCCGCUGCACCACCGUGCCAAGUGGAGGGUCGAGGACGAGCUCGUGGAGAGUGACCUCCCGUGGUCGGUGCUGCGGCAGCCUACCUACCUCGAGAACUUUGGCAACUCCGAGGAGGCGAGCAAGGGGACGCAGCUGCGCCUGCUCCGGCCGGGCGUGGUGUCGGGGCUGGUGGACGAGGACAUCGAGCUGAGUGUUAUCGCCGUGGACGACCUCGGCGCGCUGGCGACCGCCAUGUUUGCUCGCCGGGACGAGUACCUCCGCCGCACGCUCGCCGCCGCCGCGGAGCGCGUCAACGGCGCGAGGCUUGCCGAGGCUGCGUCACGGGUGCACGGGAGGAUGAGAUUUGCAUACAAGCCGGUGCCGUGGUUCGUGCUCGAGUACCUCGUGCCGGGCGUGGCGGACCUCCCGCUCACGUCGCUCGAGAAGGCGAAGCGCCUCUCCCGGCUGCAGCCCGCGCUGUCGCAGAGGCUACUGCAGCGCAGGACUCGCCAGCUCCUGCAGCGCUCCCUCCGCAACUCGCGAGCCAAGGCCAAGGCCCAGGCAAGGUGA